GUGCACAGAGAAGAGAGAGAAAUACUGGAGAGAGGAGAGAGAGUGUCUUCAGAGCCUCUCAAGAGCCAUUAGUUUCACCCAUGCAUAAAAUAAAAGAAGCCUGCAACCCACUAAACAAUCAGCUCAACAAAAAACAAACCUUCCUUUCUCUUUGUCUCUUAAAUCUCCAAAGCUGUUCUUCCUGAAUCCUUCUUCUUCUUGUUUUUCAUCACCUUGGUAUUUUGAAGGAUUAUUAAUUCUUUGUUUUGUUUUCUUCUUCUUUUUUUUUAUAUAAAUUUGUUCUGCUUGAAAAAUCAGAAGGAAAAAAAAAUGUUGAGUGGAAAUCCAAAUACUGCAAGAAAUAGGUACCCUUUCACACCAAAUCAGUGGCAAGAGCUUGAACACCAAGCUCUCAUCUUCAAGUACAUGGCCUCAGGGAUACCUAUUCCAACUGAUCUUGUCUAUUCUUUAAAGAGAAGGUUGGACAAUUCAAUUUCUUCAAGACUCUUCCCCCAUCCUCCCAUGGGAUGGGGCUGUUAUGAGAUGGGUUUUGGCAGAAAGGUAGACCCAGAGCCAGGGAGGUGCAGAAGAACAGAUGGUAAAAAAUGGAGGUGCUCAAAGGAAGCUUACCCAGAGUCAAAGUACUGUGAGAGGCAUAUGCACAGAGGCAGAAACCGUUCAAGAAAGCCUGUGGAAGUUUCUUCAUCAACUACAACUCCUCCAACAACUGCUGCAACAGAGCACCCUUCAUCUUCUUCUUCUUCAGCCCUCUCAUCACCCAACAACAAAAAUCUCUCCAAAACCUCUUCCUACUCUCUCUCCCCACUUUCCUCAUCCAUAUCCACUGAAACACAAACCCAACAUCACCCUCACCAAUCUAAUUCAUCUCCUUAUCCCUUCCUUAAUUACCCUCAGUCUUCCUCCACAAGUUCUAGGCCUCUUCCUGGUUCUGUUUUCUCACCUCAGAACAACAGCUCUUCUGCUACCCCUCACCUUUUUUUGAACUCUGGAUCUUAUAACAAUCAAGCUGAAAAAGAUUACAGGUAUCUUCAUGGAACAAAGGGAAGUGUGGAUGAGCUAGCUUUCUUUCCAGAGUCUUCAGCAAAUGGAAGAAGCAUAUUGACUGGGGGCUCAUCAUCAUGUCAGCCACCGAUGAGUUCCUACAGAGGCUACUCUCAACCACAGUUCCAAAGCCUCACAGAUCAUCAUAAUCCAGAAGUUUCUCAACAAUCACAGGAGGAGGAGCAGCAUUGCUUUGUUUGGGGCACUGAUUUCAAAUCAAGCAGAGCAAUCAAAACAGAGAAAGAAGCAGCUGAAACCCAAAAGUCACUGCACCACUUCUUUGGAGACUGGCAGCCACCAAAGAGCACAGACACCUGGCUUGAUCUUUCAUCCAACUCUGGAGUUCCUAAUGAUGGCUGAAGUCUCAAAUCUCAAUUAUGGGGAGUUUGAACAAAGGCCAAAAGAGUACUCUCUGGUGGGGCAUUGCCUUUUCUAACUCGAACUGGUGGCUAGGGAGCUUUAUUUUGCUGAAAGGCUUGUGAGUGAGUGAGUGAGUGAGUGAAUAAUGUAGGGGCCACACACAAGGAUUUCUGUCUUUUGCUUUUUCUUGAUAUUUAUUUGCUUCUUCUUCUCUCUACCCCUCUCUAAGAAACAUGUUUCAUGUCUGGUAUUUAUAGACUUGCUUGUUUGACUGGAAGCAUGUUGAAAUGAAGCAUAUUGAAAUGA